AUGGCCGACGACAACAACAAUAACGUUAACAACACAGACAUGUUCAACAGUCUAACUCACUCUUUACUUGUUCUUAUCGCAAGUUACUUGCCAUUUAAGGAAGCAGUAAGAACAAGCAUCCUGUCUAAGCAAUGGCUUCACGUUUGGCGCGAAACCACCAACAUUGAGUUCAAUGAGAAUUUCUUUCAUAAACCUCAAGAAGCCGAUCAGGAAACCCUAAUCAUCAAACGAAACGUUUUUAUCGGUUUCGUUAGGCAGUUUAUAGCAAACUACCCACACAAGGGUAUUCAAAGAUUUGCUCUAACUUGUUCAAAUCCUCAAGAAUUUCUGCCUGACAUGAAGAUCUUCGUCGGUUUCGCCCUUUCGCGUAAUGUGACCGAGUUAGAAUUAGAUUUCUCAAACCCUAAUUGGAGAGAAGAUGGUCAUGACCAUAGGCGUGAGUCAUCAGUUUUUGAAUUACCUUUAGAAACUUAUCAAUUACUUAAGGAUAGUAUUGUGUCUUUGAAGUUGAUUUCGUGUCGUUUUGAUGCAUCUAGGGUUUCGAAUUUUAGUAUUCUGAAGAGUGUUUCUUUUGGUUGGAUAGGUAUAAGUAUUGUUUCAAUUAAGUCCAUGUUGGUAAGUUGUCCUCUGAUUGAGAGUUUAAGUUUAAAGAAUUGCUGGGGCAUAGAGCAUUUUGAGAUUGCUUUACCGAACUUGAGGCUAAAGAAUUUGGUGGUUGAUAAGUGUAAUUUAAUUCAAGAUUAUUUUCUGAUUGAAGGGCCAAAAUUAGAAUUCUUGAAAUAUUCAGGGAGAAUAGCGCAAUUUAACAUGUCGAGUUCAAGAUAUUUGAUAGAGGCUGAUCUUGAUUUUGGGUUACAGACCGAGUUUGAUGGAGAAUUUGGUUAUCUUCUUUAUGAUUUCUUACAACAAGUUUAUGCUGCUAAAGUUUUGACUCUAUGCAGUGUUUUUCUUCAGAUAAUUCCUCAAGGAGAAGAGCCAUUUGGUUCCCAAGACUGUCUACAGGCACAUCAUUUAAUAUUGAAAACUGCAAUGCACUUCAAUGAAUACUUUGGCAUCAGAUUCAUGCUUAAUAGUUGUCCAUUGCUUGAGAUCCUUACAUUUGAUAUUGGCCCUGCAACUAUUUUUCCUGCUUAUAUUCCUCCUUUACAAUUUAAUCCUCAAGAAUUUUGGUCCAAGAAUUUGAUUGUUCAAAAGUGCAUCAAGAAAAGCCUAAGAGUGGUAAAUGUGAGAGGAUUUAAAGGAACAUGGAAUGAACUAUUUGUGUUGAGAUAUUUAGUUCAUUUUGGUGAGAAACUUAGAGAACUUAAUCUUUAUAUCUCUAGUGAAGAAGGUGAUAAUGGAGAAAACAAAGAGACUUACAUGGCAAGAGCUCAGUUUCUUUUGAAGAUUAGUAAGCCUCGUCCAGAUUUACGUCUAUUAACUUUCUUUUAA